ACCACGGUGAAUCUGGCCUGGAAAGGGCUGUCGGGGACGAUCCCUUCGCAGCUGGGCGACAUCCCGCAGCUGAGGUACCUUAAAUUGGACAGCAACUCCAUCUCGGGCACCAUCCCUCCCAAGCUCGCGCAGCUGGAGCAUCUUUACCUGGAACGCAACUCCAUCUCCGGCACCAUUCCUUCGCAGCUGGGCGGCAUGUCGCAGCUGCAUGGGCUUUACCUGCGCUACAACUCCAUCUCGGGCACCAUCCCUCCGGAUACGAGCAAGCUCUCGAAGCUAGAGGAGCUCAGACUGUCCGACAAUGACAUCUCCGGAACCGUGCCGUCG